AUGGAUGCUGAAGCACCCGCAAUCCAGAGACGGGUCUCGCGCAAAUCGGUCGCAUUUACCGACGAGAAGCUUGUGGUGGACGCCGACGGCAACGUGACGAUGGUUCCCUCUCCCAACGACGACUCUAAGGACACAGCGAUGUCGCACACUCCUCGUACGCCGCCUCUUUCCGCCGCGCUCGGCGCCUUUACUGAUGCUUCUCAAGCACCGGUGGCCGACUCGGCCGACGGCGCCACUGCCCCGGUUGACGGCAGCCUCGACUUGACGCUCAAGAAAAAGAAGAAGAAGGUGGUCAAGAAGGACGACGAGGCCGAGGAGGGCGACGAGGCCGCAGCACCGGCGGGCGGUGAGGAUGCGAUCGACCUCUCGAUGAAGAAGAAGAAGAAGAAGAAGGUGACCAAGGAGGACGACGAGUUCGCUAAGAAGCUCGAGGCGCUGAACCUCGAGGGCAAGGAGGGCGAGGAGGCGCCGGCGGCCAUCUCGGCCGAAGACGGGGCGCAGGAGGGCGACAUGGAGAAGGGCACGGGCAUCUGGGCGCACGACGAGUCCAAGUCGAUCAACUACGUGCCGCUGCUGUCGCGCUUCUUUGUGCUGCUGACGCAAAAGAACCCCGACCACGCGUCGAGCGGAACGCGGUCGUACAAGAUUCCGCCACCGCAGUGCCUGCGCGAAGGCAACAAGAAGACCAUCUUUGCCAACAUUGCCGAGAUCUGCAAGCGCAUGAAGCGGUCCGACGAGCACGUCACAGCAUACCUGUUCGCCGAGUUGGGCACUAGCGGCAGCGUGGACGGUGCCAGACGGCUGGUGAUCAAGGGCCGCUUCCAGCAGAAGCAGAUUGAGAACGUCUUGCGCACGUACAUUAUAGAAUACGUGACGUGCAAGACGUGCCGCUCUCCCAACACGGACCUCUCCAAGGGUGAAAACCGUCUAUACUUCAUUACAUGCAACUCUUGCGGAUCUCGCCGUUCGGUACAGGCCAUCAAGACGGGUUUCUCGGCCCAGGUCGGCAAGAGAAGAAAGAUGCAGCAGGGUUAA